AUGGCCAAUUUUGCUGAAGAACUCUGGCGUAGCAUUUUCACUCCCGGAACGUCGCCGCAACUGGUCAUUGCCACUCACAUCUCGUUUUCUUUGCUAGCGUGCUGUCUGGGCUGGUUGAUCUACUGUACGAAAAAUGUGCAUUUUGUAGCGUUGCUGGUCAUUGCAGUCCUGUUGUGGGCCACUGUGACUUGGUUUAUCGCGGAGCUACAGUAUGCCAAAUUGAAGGACAACGAAGAGUUAGCGAGCGAAGCUGGAGCUAAAGUUGACGCACCGGCGACCAAUGACAAGGUUUCAGAUAACAAGAAACCACAGGGUACAAGCACCGCUACCAAAACUACCAACAAGACCACCAGGUCGAGAAAAGUUUGA